CCCAAAUCCACCUUCCGGGUGCUGGAGAACUCGGCGCCGCACCUCCUGGACGUGGACGGGGAGAGCGGGCUGCUCUACACCAAGCAGCGCAUCGACCGUGAGGCGCUGUGCCGGCGCAGCGCCAAGUGCCAGCUGUCCCUCGAGGUGUUCGCCAACGACCAGGAGAUCUGCAUGAUCAAGGUGGAGAUCCAGGACCUCAACGACAACGCACCAGCGUUCCCCUCUGACCAAGUGGACAUGGACAUCUCAGAAAACGCUGCGCCGGGCACCCGCUUUCCCCUCACCAGCGCCCACGACCCGGAUGCUGGGGACAACGGGCUGCGCACCUACCUGCUCACCCGUGAUGACUACGGCCUCUUCUCCCUUGACGUGAAGUCCCGUGGUGACGGCACAAAGUUUCCGGAGCUGGUCAUCCAGAAGCCAUUAGACCGUGAGGAGCAGAGUCACCACACCCUGGUACUGACGGCACUGGACGGUGGUGACCCACCACGCUCAGGCACAGUGCAGAUCAAUGUGCGCCUCAUUGACUCCAAUGACAACAGUCCCAUCUUUGAGGCAGCCUCCUACGUGGUAGAGCUGCCGGAGAAUGCACCGCUGGGCACUGCCGUCAUCGACCUUAAUGCCACUGAUGCUGAUGAGGGUACCAACGGAGAGGUGCUCUACUCCUUCAGCGGCUACACACCUGAGCGUGUCCGCGACCUGUUUAGCAUCGAUCCUCAGAGUGGCCUCAUCCGUGUCAAGGGCAACCUGGACUAUGAGGAGAGCGGCCUCAUUGAGAUCGAUGUCCAGGCACGGGACUUGGGGCCCAAUCCCAUCCCUGCUCACUGCAAGGUGACUGUCCGCCUCAUCGACCGCAAUGACAAUGCACCCACCAUUGGCUUUGUCUCCGUUCGUCAGGGAGCACUGAGUGAGGCUGCCCCACCAGGCACUGUCAUUGCCCUGGUGCGGGUCACCGACCGCGACUCAGGCAAGAAUGGGCAGCUUCAGUGCCGGGUGCUGGGCGGUGGUGGCGGGCCCGGAUCCGUCCCUUUCACCCUGGAGGAGAACUAUGACAACUUCUACACUGUGGUCACCGACCGGCCCCUGGACCGUGAGGCACAGGACGAGUACAAUGUGACCAUUGUGGCACGUGAUGGGGGGAACCCCCCACUCAACUCCACCAAGUCAUUUUCCGUGCGGAUCCUCGAUGAGAAUGACAACCCACCCCGCUUCAGCAAGAACCUCUAUGUGUUACAGGUGCCUGAGAACAACAUCCCUGGAGAGUACCUGGGCUCCGUCUUGGCCCAGGACCCUGACCUGGGCCAAAAUGGGACAGUCUCUUACUCCAUUCUGCCCGGGCAUGUGGGUGACGUCUCCAUCUACACCUAUGUCUCUGUCAACCCCACCAAUGGUGCUAUCUAUGCUCUGAGGAGCUUCAACUAUGAGCAGACAAAGCACUUUGAGUUUCGCGUGCUGGCCAAAGACUCGGGUUCACCCCACCGUGAAAGCAACGCUACAGUGCGUGUCACUGUGCUUGAUGUCAACGACAAUGCACCCCUCAUUGUCCUGCCUGCCCUCAUCAAUGACACUGCUGAGCUGCAGGUGCCACGCAAUGCUGGGGUGGGCUACCCUGUAGGCACCGUCCGCGCCCUGGACAGUGACUUUGGGGAGAGUGGGCGCCUCACAUAUGAGAUUGUGGAAGGCAAUGAGGAGCACCUCUUUGAGAUGGACCCCACUAGCGGUGAGAUACGCACCUUGCACCCCUACUGGGAGGAGCUCAGCCCUGUGGCUGAACUGGUGGUAAAAGUCAGUGACCAUGGCAAGCCCAGCCUGUCCGCAGUGGCCAAGCUUAUUGGCAGGGCCCUGGCGGGCCCCGCGCUUGAGCCGCAGGUGAAUGGUGAGCAGCAUCGGCGACCACACUGGGACUUGUCGCUGCCCCUGAUCGUGACGCUGAGCACUGUCUCCAUCAUCUUGCUGGCUGCCAUGAUCACUAUUGCCGUGAAGUGCAAGCGAGAGAACAAGGAGAUCCGCACCUAUAAUUGUCGCAUUGCCGAGUAUAGCCACCCUCAGCUGGGAGGAGGGGGAGGCAGUGGCGGGGGAGGAGGAGGCAGUGGCAGUGGAGGGAGCAAGGGCAAGAAGAAGAAGAUCAGCAAGAAUGACAUUAUGCUGGUGCCCAGUGAGGGCGAGGACAGCCGGGGCCCCCUCAAUGUCAUGAACGUGGUGAGCAGCCCAUCGCUGGCCACCUCACCCAUGUACUUUGACUACCAGACCCGCCUGCCCCUCAGCUCUCCCAGGUCUGAGGUGAUGUACCUGAAGCCCGCCUCCAACAACCUGACUGUACCCCAGGGACAUGUGGGCUGCCACACCAGCUUCACAGGGCAAGGGACUAACGCCAGCGAGGCUCCCCCGAGCCGGAUGUCCAUAAUUCAGACAGACAAUUUUCCCGCAGAGCCCAAUUACAUGGGCAGCAGGCAGCAGUUUGUUCAAAGUAGCUCCACGUUCAAGGAUCCAGAAAGAGCCAGCUUGAGGGACAGCGGGCAUGGGGACAGUGAUCAGGCUGACAGUGACCAAGACACUAACAAAGGCUCCUGCUGUGACAUGUCUGUUAGGGAGGCACUCAAGAUGAAAACUACUUCAACUAAAAGCCAGCCACUUGAACAAGAGCAAGAAGAAUGUGUUAACUGCACAGAUGAAUGCAGAGUGCUUGGUCAUUCUGACAGGUGUUGGAUGCCACAGUUCCCUGCAGCCAGUCAGGCUGAGAAUGCAGAUUAUCGCACAAAUCUCUUUGUACCCACAGUUGAAGCUAAUGUUGAGACUGAGACAUACGAAACUGUGAAUCCCACCGGGAAAAAGACUUUUUGUACAUUUGGGAAAGACAAGAGAGAGCACACUAUUCUCAUUGCCAAUGUUAAACCUUACUUAAAAGCCAAACGUGCCCUGAGUCCUCUGCUUCAGGAGGUUCCCUCAGCAUCGAGCAGCCCAACCAAGACAUGCAUUGAGCCUUGCACCUCAACAAAAGGACCACUGGAUGGUUGUGAAGUGAAAUCAGGAGCCUUGGCUGAACCAAGCAGCCAGUACUUGUCAACUGACAGUCAGUAUCUCUCGCCUAGUAAACAGUCAAAAGACGCUCCCUUCAUUGCAUCAGAUCAGAUGGCUAGGGCCUUCGCAGAUGUGCAUUCCCGAGUGAGCCGAGACUCAAGUGAGAUGGACUCUGUUCUGGAGCAGUUAGACCGUUCAGCCCGGGAUCUAGGCAGGGAGUCGGUGGAUGCCGAGGAAGUUGUGAGAGAAAUAGACAAGCUCUUGCAGGACUGUCGGGGAAGCGACCCUGUGGCCGUCAGAAAAUGAGGGGGAAAAUAAGGACAGGCUGGCAGUUACAUUCCUCUUCUGCUGAUUAAAAAUAAAUAAAUAAAUAAAUCCCCUGGUUGUAACAGAUUUACAGGCAUGAAGGAAGACCAAUGCUGCUUUAAGGCUAUUAGUGAACAUCUGAAGUGCCCACAAGUAUGUUCUUUUCACUGCUCUUUCUUUUUGACAGAUAACACUGGUUUCAUUUUGACCAAACUUUCAUUAGGACAGAGUCAAGUACACUAAGGACAAAACAUAAGAAGGAAAGACGGUGCCAUUUUGACAAUCUGAUAGGAAGGUGUGAGAAAGGUGGAAUGGAAAUACGUCUGAUACUUUAAGACUGUCCUCAAUAGCUGAUGCUGACUUUACUGUUUACGUAUAAACCCCAAGAAAAACAGGGUUGAAUAAUUCCAAUCUGUUGGUGGAUUUCCAGCAGUCACCACAGGCUUCUACUGAAAGUCCUAAAAAGAGUUCUUGUAGUAGUCCAAGUGACACCAAACAUUAACAUUCAUUUGUGGUAAACAUUUAUGUACAAAGUUAUCU